UUUCUUUUUUCUGGUUUAGCCAAGAAAUUUGGAGUAAAUGAGUUUGUGAAUCCAAAGGACCAUGACAAACCAGUGCAAUGCAAGAGGUUGUUGCUGAGAUGACAAACGGUGGAGUUGAUAGGAGCAUAGAGUGCACAGGCAAUAUUAACGCCAUGAUAUCGGCUUUUGAAUGUGUUCAUGAUGGAUGGGGUGUAGCUGUGCUUGUUGGAGUUCCGAACAAGGAUGCAGUCUUCAUGACUAAGCUGAUUAAUGUGCUGAAUGAAAGGACGCUUAAAGGAACAUUUUUUGGGAACUACAAACCUAGGACACACCUUCCCUCUGUUGUGGACAUGUACAUGAACAAGGAACGGGACGUAGAGAAGUUCAUAACUCAUCGAGUUCCUUUCUCCGAGAUCAACAAAGCCUUUGAUUACAUGGUGAAGGGGGAAGGAUUGCGAUGCAUCAUUAGCAUGGAAGAGUAGCUGCUUGUUAAAGUUUUGAGAGUGUUUGCUAGUAUUCUAGCUGAUUUAUCAGAGAAAGGAGUGAGAGGAAUAGAAGGAGAGAAAUCUGUAAAAACUGCUCUGCUUACUCUCUAAGUCAGAGAGCAAGGAUAUGUAUAUUCUGUUUUCUCUAUUCAAUCACGCACACACACAAAGCAUGAAGU